AUGGAUCCCUAUUUAAGACGUGGCUGGAAAAGGCUGUUUCACUUAUUAUCUUUGUAUUUUAUCCUAAUUUAUCAAGCUCAUCUUUCCAGGGGUGUUGAGAGAGUGAACGUUUCUAACUGGGAUCAAUUUAAUAACGGGAGCAGCAGGAUAAAGCAGCAGAAAUGGGACACCGCUUCCCAGGGAGUGCAGGACCUCCAGACAGCAGCUGCUGCGUUAGAAACCAACACAUCUUCCUCCAGUCGUUCACUGGUCAGCCCGGCCGCCAUGUCCAACCUGACGUCCAACCUGACGACCCCCAGCACAGAGAGGACACCGACCCCCUCAUGGACCCUCAGCUCGGACCAAUCAUCUGCAACCACAGCACCGUUUAGUCAAACACCAUCAAGAACAAUAUCAUCCAGCCGAUCACCAGGCAACACAACACCAUCCACCCAAUCACAAACCAAACCAGCACCGUCCAGCCAGUCACCAACAACCACAGCACCAGUCAGGCAAACACCAGGCAGCACGACACCAUCCAUUCAAUCUCCAACAAAGAUAGGAGUCUCUAGCCAAUCACCAACCACCACAGUAUCAACCAGCCAGUCACCAAGCAGAACAACACCACCCAGCCAAUCACCAAUGACCACAGCACCAGCCAGCCAAUCGCCAGCCACCACAGUGCCAGCCAGCCAAUCGCCAGCCACCACAGUGCCAGCCAGCCAAUCACCAGCCACCACAGUGCUAGCCAGCCAAUCACCAACAAGCACAGCACCAGCCAGUCAGUCACCAGUUGGCAAUGCACCACCUAAGACCUUAUCUGACCAUUCAGCAGGCAGUAGUACAAAACCUAGCCAAUCAUCAUUGAGCCAAACACCGCUGAGCCAAUCAACAACUGGUUCAAAAACUUCAAAGCAAUCAUCACUCACCUCAACGUCCCCUAAUCACUCACCAACCACUUUAUUACCAGCUAAUCAAUCCACAACCAGCUCAAAAAGACCACACCACGUAUCAUACGGCUUAACGUCUCAUAACCAAUCAUCAAAGCAAUCAUCACCUGGUUCAGCCUCACCAGUCAGUGGAGUCUUUUCACAGGAUGAGCGUCCGGUCAAUAUUUCACUGCUCACCAGGCAGGCGAAGGAAGCCCUGAGGUCGUCGUUUCGUAAGCUUUCAGCAGAACCAUGUGUGCUUCCCUGCCUGAACGGAGGACGGUGCGUUCAGUCGGAGUCAUGUGACUGCAGCUUGUACCAGGCCACCGGACACAGAUGUCAGACAGUCCCAAAUCCCGGCUUCGAUAGGGAGAUGACAUGCAGGACGUGGGGUCAGUACAACUUUGAGACCUUUGACGGCCUUUACUACUACUUCCCCGGUCGAUGCACGUACACUCUGUUGAGGGACUGCGAGGAAACCACCCAGGCCAGCAUCGUCGUCCAGGUCCACAAUGAUCCAGGAUGCGGCUCUGCCCCUUAUACCUGCCAAAGAUCAGUCAGCCUCUUCCUGCCAUGGGAGGGCGAGGUCCGGCUGCACGCCACCAACGUAACCUUCAAAGGUCAAAGUUUGGAGCUGCCUCAUCACAUCCACGACCUGCAGCUGGAGCAGAUCUCGCAGUAUGUUCUGGUCACGCAGCAGCACGGCUUCACGCUGGCCUGGGAGGGACGCAGCGGCUCCGUCUACAUCAAACUCAGCCCAGAGUUUGUGGGCAGAACCUGCGGCCUGUGCGGUAACUUCAACGCAGACGUCCAGGACGACCUGAGGACGAGCUACGGCGUGCUGACUCAUGAAAUAGAAAUGUUUGGGAAUAGCUGGGUGGAGACGCAGCCACACGAUCCCCAAUGUCCCACGGUGUCCUCUGGCUUCUCUUCACCCUGUGCUGCAGUCGAUGCUCACGUCCUGCUGAAAGUGGAGGAGGUGUGUGCAAUGCUGCUGGAUCCGCCGUUUGAGAGCUGCCAUGACUUUGUCAGCCCGCUGUCCUACAUGGCCAGCUGCUCCAACGACCUCUGCAUGUCGGGUCCCAACGGUGAUGUGGUAUGCCAGGUGUUCAGCGAGUACGCGCGGGCCUGUGCCCACGCUGACCACCCACUGCACGACUGGAGGCAGCGCAUUCCUCAGUGUGCGAAGCAGUGUCCUCUAGGCCUGCAGUACAGGGAAUGCAUCAGCUGCUGCCCAGAGUCCUGCAACUUGGAGCGAACAUGCAUCGACAGCAAGCUGGCCUGCUUGGAUGGAUGCUACUGUCCGGAUGGUCUGAUCUAUGAGGAUGGAGGCUGUGUGAUGCCCUCUGACUGUCCCUGCGAGUACCAUGGCAUGUUUUACCCCUCUGGACAAACGUUGCAGGAGGAAUGCAACAACUGUACAUGCGUGGGUGGAGUGUGGAACUGCACCGACUACAGCUGCCCAGGCGAGUGCUCGGUUACUGGCGAUAUGUAUUUUCAGUCCUUUGACGGGAGGAUCUACACCUUUCCUGCAACGUGUCAGUACGUCCUCGCCAAGAGUCGCAACUCAGGGAAGUUCACAGUCACCAUCCAGAAUGCCCCCUGUGGAGCAAAUCUGGAUGGCGCCUGCAUCCAAUCAGUUAACCUGGUUGUUGACGAGGAUCCAAGGACGGAGAUAACACUGAGUCACGUUGGAGAGGUCUUCAUGGCUGGGCAGUACCGCAUCUCUCUGCCCUACUCUGACGACACCUUCCACGUCCAGGAGCUGUCGUCCAUGUUCCUGCAGGUGAGGACGGCGUUUGGCCUGCAUCUGCAGUACAGCUGGAAGGAGUUCCGUCUCUACCUGCAGGCCGACGAGCUGUGGAAGGACGACACGGUGGGGCUGUGCGGCACCUUCAACGGCAACAUUCAAGAUGACUUCCUAUCUCCAUCAGGUAUGAUAGAAAGCACUCCUCAGCUGUUUGGAAACGCCUGGAGAGUCUCGUCAGCCUGUUCACCCAGCCUGAGCACACCUCAGCUGGACCCCUGUGACACACACCAGCAGACUGUGGCCUACGCCUCAGAGAUGUGUGAUGUACUGAACCAGGAUCUGUUCUCCGCCUGCCACGAGUACCUCAGUCCGACACCUUUCCACCAGCAGUGUCGCUCAGAUACCUGUAAGUGCGGGACGCCGUGCCUCUGCUCUGCCCUGGCCCACUACGCUCGCCACUGCCGCAGAUUCUCUGUCAUCAUCGACUUUCGGUCGCACAUACCUGACUGUGCGGUCACCUGUCCGGCCACCAUGCAGUACGGCACCUGCGUGUCGUCCUGCCAGCGCCGUUGCUCCGCCCUCUCUGUCCCGCAGCACUGCGGGGAGGAGUGUGAGGAGGGCUGCGUCUGCCCUCAGGGCUCCUUCUACAACCAUCGAACACACACUUGUGUGCACAGGAGCGAGUGUCCCUGCAGUUUCCUUGGAGCAGAUUACGAGGCGGGAGAUGUGAUCAUGACGUCAGCAGGUGUUCAGCUCUGUCUGAAUGGUAAACUGGUGUCUCAGACAACAGACAGUGACAGGUUGUGUCCUGCAGGUCAGCUUUACCAGAACUGCUCAGAGGGGGAGGACGGCAUCCUGCCGGGAAGGGGCGUGGCCUGUGAGCGCACCUGUGAAUCCUACCUGCUCAACCUCACCUGCUCGACACACGAGCCCUGCGUGGCUGGAUGUACCUGCCCUCCUGGCUUGCUGAAACAUGGAGAUGAGUGCUUUGAACCAGCAGCCUGUCCCUGUCUGUGGAAAGGAAAGGAGUAUUACCCAGGCGACAGAGUCUCCUCCCCCUGCCAUCAGUGUGUUUGCCAGCAUGGGACGUUCCAGUGUGUGUUUCGUCCGUGUCCAUCCAUGUGCACGGCUUACGGUGAUCGCCACUACAGGACGUUUGACGGCCUGCUGUUUGACUAUGUUGGUGCUUGCAAAGUCUAUCUUGUAAAGAGCAGCGCGGAUGUGAUGCUCAGUGUUUCAGCUGAGAACGUGGACUGUUUCGACAGCGGAGUCAUCUGCAGGAAAUCUCUGUUGAUCAGCAUCGGAAGAUCCUUCAUAGCAUUUGAUGAUGACACUGGGAAGCCAAAUCCAUCCAGUGUGAUUGACAGGAAGCAGAGGAUGUUCAUCUGGCCGGCUGGAUACUUCACAGUGAUUCACUUCCCUGAGGAAGAUGUCACCAUCCUCUGGGACCGUAAGACCACAGUCCAUAUCCAGGUUGGACCUCGCUGGCAGGGGAAGCUGAGCGGGCUGUGUGGGAACUUUGACCUGAAGACGGUUAACGAGAUGCGGACGCCCGACAACAUUGAUUCCCCGACACCACAGGAGUUUGGAAACAGCUGGACUGCAGCAGAGUGUGUGAACAGUCCAGAUAUCAGACACCCCUGCAGCCUCAGUCCACUCAGAGAGCCUUUUGCUAAGCGGCAGUGUGCUGUCCUGCUCAGUGAAGUCUUCCAGGCCUGCCACCCAGUGGUGGAUGUUACCUGGUUCUACAUGAACUGCCUGGCAGACACAUGUGGCUGCAGCAGAGGAGGUGACUGUGAGUGUUUUUGCACCAGCGUGGCGGCGUACGCACAGCGAUGCUGCCACCAGGGCGUUCCUGUCGACUGGCGCUCGCCCUCUUUAUGCCCGUAUGAUUGUGAAUUCUUCAACAAAGUUCUGGGUAAAGGCCCGUUCAGACUCGUCACCUUCAGGGAUCAGACCACAGUGUUGGUAGCCAGCAGGUCCAGCGGCUCUGUGUUUCUGCAGCAGGCCAACCUCAGCAGCACCAUCACCACCAGCAUCUUGUCACAGUUCAUGAUGACACCGGGCCUCAGCAGAGCCCGACCACAUGACACAUCACGGGUUUCCUUUGAGGCAGCUGACAGACCAAACUACUUCCUGUAUGUGAACCCCAGUGGCCAUUUGAGGCUGGCCAAGUGGGAGGAGAGCAAGGCAUUCUGGGACGGAGCCACCUUCGUCCUCCACAGGAACACCUGGAUCCCCGGCUAUGACUCGCUGGAGUCCCACGCGAAGCCCAGCUUUUUCCUACACGCCACGCUGCUUCAUCUCCACCUGCUCAAAUACAGACACACCAACAGUUUCCGCAAGGCCACGCUGUUCAGGCUGACAGGCUCCAACCCAGAAGCCCGUCCAGGUCCUCAGUGUCAGUGGAGGUACGACUCCUGCGUCAGCCCCUGCUUCAAGACCUGCAGCGACCCGUCGGCUGAGGCCUGCGUCACCAUCCCACAAGUGGAGGGCUGCCUUCCUGUCUGCCCCCCACACAUGGUCCUGGAUGAGGUCACCCGCCGCUGUGUCUAUGUUGAAGACUGCAUUAAGGCCCCAGUUGUUCUGCAGCCUGUGACCCCAUCUACUGCUCAGGUGAUCUCUACAGCUGUCACCUCUUCAGCCACCACCACCACUGCUGCCUCCACCACCUCUCUCAAGACCACAGUCGCCACUAAAUCCUCCACUGCUCCACACACCGGACCCACAUCUAAGACCACCGCCACUGUUCCUGUCGCCAGCAUACAGACCACCUCCACUAAGGCUCCACCUGCCCCGGAUGAGCCGACCCGACCAGCCCCCACCACUCCUUCUGCCAGUCCUGAACUUUCAAGAACAGCAGGACCCCCAUCAUCACCAACAGCACCCCCUGCUGUCAGGCCAGAGUUGGUGGAGCCGCUGUCUACGGUCAGAGUGACUGAAGCCCCUCCCACCACUGUGACAGGUACGACCCUGGGUCUGAGCUCCACCACCAGCCCCUUCAGCUCCAGCACAUUCAGGACCAGCAGCGCUCCUUUUGCCAUCACGGCUCUGUUCUGGCUCACCUCCUCCACCAAGCCCACUGACUCCCUGCUGCCAACUACACCCUCAGCACCGCCCACCACUUCCAUCGAGUGGCCAACCACCAUCAGUACCCCUCCUCCUGCUGUCCUACACACAACCAAAGAGACCACAGAGGCUACAACACAUUCAGCAGCAGUUACUCCAACUGUAACAUCUUCUAGUCCAGGUCCCACUCCAACUUCAGGGACUUUAGUUACAGACAAAACCACUGUUCCCAGUACAGCUACCACUGCGUACACAGACAUCAGUACAAAGACUGUAAUAGCCGAGAGACUUCCCCCAACUACAACUACACCCAUCCCUCCUGGUUUACCAAGCACAGCGCUCACAACCGCUUCCCUUCUCCCGACCUCGCCCCCUGUUGAAACAGGAAGUGUGUCUUUGCCCACAGCCACUUCAGCAAAGAUCACAGAAUCAGUCACACCAGUUUCACCUUUCACCACCAGUAAAACAACACCACACACAAGUCCAGAAACAACAACACCACCUGCUACCACAGAGAGGAUUCAGUAUACUUCUCCUACUGAAGUCACAACCUCCACUACAGCAGCUCCUGAGUUACCAACAUCAACCCCACUUCAUGUAGCACCGACUACAAGUGCACCACCUACUCCUACGUCAACUGCUACAGACUGGAGAACAACAACAAAGAAAGAGGAAACUACUGUGUCUGAAAUACCUGUAGCUACCACAACAACAGCUGCACCUCCGACUCCGAAGAGUACAGACACAACGACUUCUCCUGUGUCCACCUCCACAACCCAUACUGAGAGAACUUCCUGGUCUGUGGCCGUCCCAACAACAGAGAGAACCACUCAGACCACAACUCUAAGACCUCCAGAGGUUCCAGAAACCUCCACCGCAUCCACAGGUCCACCAACUCUAGCGCCAGUGUCUCUCACAGAAACCACCGCUGUGCCUCUAUCACCAACAACAGAGAGCACCGCUCAUCCUGCCUCUACCAUGCGGACCUCUGAGCCAUGGCGUCCACCCCAUCAGGAGACCUCAUCCACCCCUGCCUACAGCCCCACAGUGAAGACUACACCAGAGGUCACUUCUGAAUCUAUCAUCCACGUGCUCACUUCCACUAUUACUACUGAAGUACCUCGUCUUCCAGUGACAACAACAAAGCCGGUUGUCACCUCUGCGACAUCAGCUGCUGCCACGGCCUCCACUACCAGAACUACUACUUAUACUGAAAUAUCAACUACAGAAACUGCAGCCACUACAACCCAGAAACUGGUAACACCCCCACCACCUGCACCUGGUGCUCCUGAGACACCUCUCACAACGGCCUCUACAAGAGCUCCACCAGGUGUUGUUACCACCACGCCUAGACCUGUCGUCACACAGCCGAUUACAGAUACGACACAUCCAGUGACGGGGCGAGUGGAGGUGACAACAAGAGCUACAACCACACCGCCUUCAUCUUGGUCUCCGCUGCACACAACCACAUCAGCAGCUCCAAGGCCGACAACUUUCCCGGAUAGAGUAACCACCCGGCUGGUGUCCACCACCAGAGCUACACCCACCACAACAACUACAACCAUCACACGGACGACAACCCUCAGGACGACACCCAGGGUUCCUGUGACAACAAGAAUCACAAUGACUGAGAGGUCAACCGUCAGGCCGGUCACUGCAAGGGUUACCAUAGCAGCGAGGCCCUCAACAGUAACCACCAGAUCAACCGCUCCUGGACUGCCGACUGUCACACCAAUUCCCGGCACAACAACCACAUCAGGAGCGCCAUCUGCAACCGUCGCAACAUCUCCUGAGUCAGUCGCUACAGCGAACACGACCGAACUCACCGAAACAACCGCAGCAGUUCCUGGCCUGACCACCACAACCGCCUCAGUGCCUGUUCCUACUUUAACAACAGUUACAGCAUCUACAGCUGUCUCCACGACAACCACAACAGAGUCAGCCACAUCUGAGAAAACUAUGACAACCAAAGAGACUGACGUGUCACCAUCUACAUCCCAACCGGUGACUCGUCCACCUGGUGUGGUCAUCUCCACCCAGGAGCCUGGUAUACCCACUCCCUCUACAACUUCACACCCAGCAGCCACCACAGUCCAAACUCCUGAGCUGGAUAGAGUGGAUCGCACCAGUCCAGGUGCAACAACACCGGCGUCACCGACCACACAUACAGCGGAAAUGACCACGCAUACAGUGGAAACGACCACACAUACAGCGGAGAGCACAACGUCCAUGGCUGUGUCCACUUUAAGGAUUUGCACUCCUCCGUAUGCAGAGAUUGUUGAUGAGUGCACAAAGUACAUCUGUGUCAACAACCAGCUCGUCCUGUUCAACAAAUCUCUGAGCUGUCCCUUCAGCUCUGAACCCCCGAACUGUGGCCUGCUCGGCUUUGCCAUCCUGGUCAAUGGAGACAAGUGCUGCCCUCAGUGGGACUGUCCAUGUCGCUGCUCGAUGUUUCCGGACCUGAACGUAAUCACGUUUGAUGGGAACAGCGUUGCCAUCUACAAGGCCGCCUCGUACAUAGUGACCCAGCUGCCCAACGAGACCGUCAGUGUCCUGGUUCAGGAGUGUCCUGCUGACUCUGAGUCACCGCUCCUCUGGAAUUUCACCAACCUUUGUCUGGUGGCGCUCAACAUCACGCACAAAUCCAACCACAUAAUCAUCAACAGGCUGCAGAGGAGGCUCUACGUCAAUUCACGGUACGCCAAACCUCGAUUCAAAAAGUACGGCUUUGAGAUCUACGACACGGGCAACAUGUACCUGAUCCGCAGCCCUGCCGGUCUCAAGUUGCAGUGGUACCACAGCACCGGCAUGAUGGUGAUCGACACCGACAGCUCCAGCAACAAGCUUCCAACCAAGGGCCUCUGUGGUUUCUGUGAUGGAGACCCAACCAACGACUUGACUUUGGCCAACGGCACCACAGUGGGCGUAAACGAGGAUCCAGCUCUUUUCAUCGACAGCUGGCAGGUUCCCAAUACCACCAGCUACAUCAGCCACAGCCGCCGGCGCGAGCUCAACUGCUCCACCAGCGACUGCUCCAGCUGCCUGCUCAUGCUGCAGAACCCCGCCUUCUCCCCCUGCCACGCCUUCGUCCCGCCCAGCACAUUUUGUGAGGUUUGGGUACGAGAUGCAGAGUAUGUCAACAACCAGUGUGUAGCUUUGGCUGCCUAUGUGGCUUCCUGUCACAAGUUUAAUAUCUGCAUUGAGUGGAGGAGUCCAGAUUACUGCCCAUUCCUGUGUCCCGACACUCUGCGGUAUCAGGCCUGUCUGCCGGCCUGCACAUCUCAGUCCUGCCCCAACCACGACUUUGACUCUGACCCAGACCAGUGUUCAGGCCUGACUGAGGGGUGUGUGUGUCCCGAGGGAACACUCCUCCACCGGCCAUACUCCGCCCUCUGCAUUUCACCUGAGAAGUGUGCCUGCACCGACAGCUCUGGCGUUCCUCGUGCACACGGCGAGGUGUGGAAAGCCUCGAAGGACGCCUGCUGCAUGUACCGCUGUGACAAUGACACCAUCAUCCCCGUGGAGUACAACUGCUCCAAUGUGGCGGUGCCCGUGUGCCGUCGAGCAGGGGAGGUGAUCAUCAGCCUGGCCGACGACAGCAGCUGCUGCCCACAGAAAGUCUGCGUGUGUAACCAGAGCCUGUGUGACCUGCUUCCUCCUGAGUGUAAAUACGGGGAGAAGCUGGUGUCGUACUACAGACAGGACUCCUGCUGUCCAGACUAUGUGUGUGAGUGCGAUCCUGACCUCUGUGAGUCGGACGUUCCCGCCUGCAGAGAAGACCAGACUCUGAUCGCCACCAGAGCCGACGGCAGCUGCUGCCUGGCCCACAUGUGCAUGUGCUCCUCCUGUCCGGAGACGCCUCCUCACUGCCAGGAUGGUGAGGUGCUGACAGUCGAUGGCAACACCACCGACCGCUGCUGCCCCGCCUACCACUGUGUGUGUGAGCCCUACAGGUGUCCUCAGAUCAGUUGUCCUGUUGGGAUGUCGGUGAUGUCGUUGUCCAGUACGGGUCGAUGCUGCCCCAACCAGACAUGCGAGUGUUCCUGUGAGAAGAUUGCCUCCCCAAAAUGUGGCCUGGGAGAGGCCGCACAGGUGGACCGGGCCUUCCUGUCCGACCCACAGAACCAGUGUGCCUGCAAAAGAUACAAGUGCGUGCGCGAGGCGGUGUGUGUGUUUGGCGAGCGGGGCGUCUUGCGGCCAGGUCAGACUCUGGUGGAGCACGGAGACGACGGCUUGUGUCACAGCAGGCAGUGCAGCCGCAGCCUCGACCCGGCGAGCGGCUUCCACCUGCUCCGCACCUCCAGCAUCAACUGCUCCGCCCACUGCCAACCAAAUCAGAUCUACGUCCCUCCCAAGGACCAGUCGACGUGUUGUGGUGUUUGUAAGAAUAUUUCCUGCCUCUAUGAACAUGAGAACGGGACAACAGCGCUCUAUAAGCCGGGGAAGUCGUGGGUGUCCAACUGCAUGAAGUUCGACUGCACCGACACUCUGUCUGGUCCCACACUCAUAUCCUACUCCUUCAGCUGCCCCCCCUUCAACGAAACAGAGUGUAUGAAGAUAGGUGGAACUGUCGUAAGUUACAUGGAUGGAUGCUGCAAAACAUGCAAAGAAGACGGAAAGUCGUGUCAGAAAGUGACGGUGAGGAUGACGAUCAGGAAGAACGACUGCCGCAGCAACAGGCCGGUGAACAUCGUGUCAUGUGAUGGGAAGUGUCCGUCCGCCAGCAUCUACAACUACAACAUCAACACGUACGCUCGCUUCUGCAAGUGCUGCAGGGAGACGGGGCUGCAGCGGCGCUCGGUGCAGCUCUACUGCAGCGGCAACGCCACCUGGGUCAGCUAUACCAUCCAGGAGCCCACUGAGUGCUCCUGCCAGUGGUCCUGAAAACACACACACACACACACACACACACACACACACACACACACACACACACACACACACGAUGAGGACUGCACGAUUGACGCAGGAUGUGUAAGGGGUUAAAUUAUGUGACAGUAAGUUGGGCUGGUGCCUCUGCUGGCAGGCAUGUGGUUCUGCAGCUCAGCUGACUGGAUGAUUUUAUUCGUCGUUUAUGAGAGUUUAGAUUUAUCACAGGGAAUGUUUGUGGCGGCAAGAUUCAAUAUUACUAAUAAAUACAUUAAGAGCUGUGAUAGUGGUUGUGAUAGAAGUUGUUUGAGUGUCAUUUUAACAUCAGUAUAUCAUUUUGGUUUGUAUCUGAUUUUACCAUAACUGUAACAUAAACCAAUGAGAGCACGGUGGAGCAGACUGUCAGCCUCUUAUUCAAACCAGUGGUGUUAAUUAUGACAAAAACAAAAAGACGGUAACAACGGUGAUUAAAGUCAUGGGAUUGAUAAAAAAAAUGGACUGUCAAUCGUCAAUGACCAAAAUUUUAUGCAUAUAUUUGUAAAUUUAAUUAUAAGAGCAAAGGAAGUCGUUAGGCUUUUGCUUUUUUCUUUUACUCGUCUGCCGUCCCGAGAAACUCAAACUGUUUUAGGUCUUUCAGCUCUUAGGCAGAAGAGUGCAGAGAGUUGAGACUGUUUACUUACUAUCUGCUGUUGUAUCUCAGUAAUGAUUACUUGAUGUCAAAAUGAUACAUGAACACUUUUAAAAAUACACAGAUAAAUAAUGUUGAAAAUUUUUUGUAUUUGUUCCAUCUCAUGAUCCACACUUAAAGGAGCUAUUUGUAAGUUUUGCUAUUGCUACUUAGCCGACGUUAGCAUUAACAGCUGUUUACUUACCGGUCUAGAAGAAACGCUGCGGGUUCAGCAUCAAACUUACUUCCUUGACUCACCAAGAGCUGUCUCCAGCUGUGGAAAGCAACACCAAUGUUAACUAUUGUUUCUAUCACGUCUUUUCUUCUGCUGAAGUUUGCAUGCUAACCAGCUAGCCCCGGCCCGUCUCGUCUCUUUCUGAUAGCGACUCAUUGUUGUCUAGAAUCUGCCUUGAAGCGAUGAUGUAGCGCUCCUCAGAGGGCGUAUUAUAAUCUCUGUCCUGUAACACAACGAUGGCUGGAGUUCUUGUCAAGCAACACCACCAACCGCUCCCAGGAAGAAACCUGAUCAGCGGUAGAGAUAACUUACAAAUAGCCUCUUUAAGAGUCGGUACUGGGACCACAGACGAUUUGAAUCACAGUGUUCAAACAUUAUGCUGCACAGUACCGCUGCUGCACCACCACCUCCCUGUCAGCCUGCAGGAAAGAGAACAUGUUCAGUGUGAAAUCAUCUUCACAGGGCGCUCCCGUACAUCGCACAGGCUAAAGAGUUACAAACAUAUUGAAAAUGCGUUUUUAAAAAGGAGUGGGGCUGCAGACAGUUGAGCCCUGAGGAAUUCCUCCUGUCGUGACUUGUUUUUGUAAAUAACUCAAUUUCCUAACUUUUAAAAAUGAUUUUCAAUAUCAAAUUCUUAGAUAUUUCACUUUUAGUAAGACAAAAAUAAACUGUAUAUCUACUGAUUACACAUGUAUUUUGAAUAAUCACUGCUAGUGAGGUGUAUUAACUGAUUUAUAUCCAGCUGUAUGUGGAGCACUUUAUUUAUUUAUUGGAGUUUGAUAGAGCACAGCCGUUCUGAGUUUGUGGAGGAAAAGAGGAGAAACUUUCAGCCCAAAUGCAGAACAAACAAACCAAACUGGGUCCAAAACUUUGAUUUGGUUUUAUUCCCGAUGACAGAAUAAGCAAAGCAAAGCAAAUAUAAGGUGGUGCGUUAUAGAUGUAUGUUUCUUUAUGGACUAAAUUUCUAAUUUGUUUGUUCAUAUCGAACAGACCCAUCUGGAUAGCAGAGUUAAAGAGGAUUUGUAUCAUACAAAUGUACAUUUGCAUUUUCAAUAAAUAUUUCCUUUGG